CCCGACCGCGUCACAAACAGAGCACUCUACCCAGGUCCGGCGAAGGAAGAAAGUAAUAACAGGACAGAACGAAAACGGGGCGGGGGUUAAGGGCGUGUGCUAAUUCGACUUGAAACGGAUAAAUCUGCGAAACUUUACGAGCUCUUCCCUCCAUAGAAGGCUUCGCGGAUUUCCUUCUAAGCUACUUCUCAAUCUGGGUGUCUUUAUUCUUUUCUAUAUAUAAAUUUAUUCGUUGGUCAUUAUAUAGAACUGUUCUUUGGGAUUCGAUUGAGGGACAGAUUGUGAGAGUUUCAGAGGGAAGAGCAAUGGCCAGCGAAGAUCUGGAGAGAGGAGGGACGAAGAGCAGCGGAAUCAAUUACCCACGAGGGAACUACUCGUCUUCUUACUAUGUUGAGACCACAGAGCGUCAAUGGAGUUCGUGGUUGAUCCCUAUGUUUGUGGUCGCCAAUGUUGCUGUGUUCAUUGUGGCUAUGUACGUCAACAAUUGCCCCAAGAACAAUCUGGGUUUUGAUGGAAGCUGCGUGGCUAAGUUUCUCGGCAGGCUUUCGUUUCAGCCUCUCAAGGAGAACCCCCUCUUUGGCCCCUCUUCUUCUACAUUGGAAAAAUUAGGAGCGCUGGAAUGGAACAAGGUGGUACAUGGUCAUCAAGGAUGGAGGCUUCUCACAUGUAUCUGGUUGCAUGCAGGUGUAAUUCAUCUACUUGCAAACAUGUUGAGCUUGGUCUUUAUUGGCAUUCGCCUUGAACAACAAUUUGGAUUUGUGCGAGUUGGGUUGGUCUAUCUCUUGUCAGGAUUUGGUGGGAGCAUACUUUCUUCCCUUUUCAUUCAACGCAAUAUAUCUGUUGGUGCUUCUGGUGCUCUGUUUGGGCUUCUUGGAGCAAUGUUAUCAGAACUUCUGACGAAUUGGACUAUUUAUACCAAUAAGGUCGCAGCUCUAAUCACACUUGUGGUCAUCAUUGUUAUUAACUUGGCAGUUGGAAUUCUUCCUCAUGUUGAUAACUUUGCCCAUAUUGGUGGGUUCAUGGCUGGUUUCCUCCUUGGAUUUGUUUUGCUUCUGCGACCCCAGUUUGGAUGGAGGGAGCGUGGGCAUCUCCCAGCUGAUACCCGUGUCAAAUCCAAGCAUAAGGCUUACCAAUAUGUAUUCUGGGUGGUUGCCCUUGUUUUACUCAUUGCUGGAUUUACGCUUGGCCUGGUAAUGCUAUUUAGAGGAGAUAAUGGUAAUGAUCACUGCAGCUGGUGCCAUUAUCUGAGCUGUGUGCCGACAUCAAGAUGGAACUGUGGGAAUUGAUAGGAGAAUUCUCAGUUUCUGCUUUCAAUCUCCAACUUGCUCUCCAAUUCUUUUCUUAUAAUUUUUUAAAGAAUUUUUUCAUUUCAUGUCAUUGUGAUGCUUCUUUUUGUAUACAGAUGGAACAGCUCCUCACCGACUUUAGUAUCUUCUUCACUCUGAUUCUAUUUGGACACAGGAGGAAGAACAGUUGUUUAUAUUGAUUUUUUUUUUUUUACACGGGAUUUCAUCCCAUUUGCAUACAGACUAGUAGCAAUCACAUGCACUGAUUGCUUGUGUCAAGACAGCUGUUUCACUCUCUGAUGUGUAAAAUGCUCUUUGGUUAUUUUAAAUUUCGGUUUCGAGCAA